GACGCGCGGCUCGGGCUUCCGCCUUGGGGAGCGGGCGGCGGAGCCCGGGACGCGGAGACCUGGGGUCGCUGCAGCUGGGCGGCCCGCGGGCCCAGGGUGGGAAUGCACCGCCGUGGGGUGGGAGCUGGCGCCAUCGCCAAGAAGAAACUUGCAGAGGCCAAGUAUAAGGAGCGAGGGACGGUCUUGGCUGAGGACCAGCUAGCCCAGAUGUCAAAGCAGUUGGACAUGUUCAAGACCAACCUGGAGGAAUUUGCCAGCAAGCACAAGCAGGAGAUCCGGAAGAAUCCUGAGUUCCGUGUGCAGUUCCAGGACAUGUGUGCAACCAUUGGCGUGGAUCCGCUGGCCUCUGGAAAAGGAUUUUGGUCUGAGAUGCUGGGCGUGGGGGACUUCUAUUACGAACUAGGUGUCCAAAUUAUCGAAGUGUGCCUGGCGCUGAAGCAUCGGAAUGGAGGUCUGAUAACUUUGGAGGAACUACAUCAACAGGUGUUGAAGGGAAGGGGCAAGUUCGCCCAGGAUGUCAGUCAAGACGACCUGAUCAGAGCCAUCAAGAAACUAAAGGCACUUGGCACUGGCUUCGGCAUCAUCCCUGUGGGCGGCACUUACCUCAUUCAGUCUGUUCCAGCUGAGCUCAAUAUGGAUCACACCGUGGUGCUACAGCUGGCAGAGAAGAAUGGCUACGUGACUGUCAGUGAGAUCAAAGCCAGUCUUAAAUGGGAGACCGAGCGAGCGCGGCAAGUGCUGGAACACCUGCUGAAGGAAGGGUUGGCGUGGCUGGACUUACAGGCCCCAGGGGAGGCCCACUACUGGCUGCCAGCUCUCUUCACUGACCUCUACUCCCAGGAUAUUACAGCUGAAGAGGCCAGAGAAGCCCUUCCCUGACUGCGUGUGGAACGGCACACAGCAGCAGGCAGGAAGGAGGAGGAGGGCAAAUAAACCUGGGUAGUUUUAUUAAAAAAAAAAAAAAAAAAGAAAAGAAAAAAGUUCCAAGUU